AUGUCCAACGAUAGCUUUGUCCUCACCUCUGGGCCGGGCACUGAUGUCUGGAAGAAGCCCCCAACGACCAAUGUCUACAACGCACCCAUUCAUGCACUGCCAACCAAGCCCCUGAGCGAGUUCGAGUCAGCCAAGAUCACCUUCUCGGCAAACUGGGAGCAGCAGUACGACCAGGCCGGACUCAUCUUUACUUUUGACUCCAUCUCCGGCACCCGCGAGAGGAGAUGGAUCAAGACUGGACUGGAGUUCUACAACGGAACCCGCCAGAUCAGCACCGUCGCCUGCGACCGCUGGGCCGACUGGAGCAUCACGCCCCUGGCCGCAUUCGAGGACUCCAAGAGCAUCACCGUCACAGUUGAGAAGGGCCGCGACGGUCUUGGUCUCGGCUUCUGGGUCUACUACGUCAAGCAGGACGGCACCAAGGAGCCCCUGCGCGAGAUCUGCUGGGUCUACGGCGACGACGACUCUUCGGGCAAGGACUGGAACCUCACCAUCGGCGCUCUGGUUGCUCGACCUUCAAAAGACACCGAGGAGAGCCUCUCUGUUGAGUUCAAGGACUUUGAGGUGAAGUGGUCCAACUAG